UAAUCAAAAACAAGCAAGCAAGUGAUACAUAUAUAUAUACCUGGACAAUCUUGAAAGUCCCGAGCGGAAGCGAAUAGGGAGAUUUGGGCCGUUCUUCGUCGAAAUUUUACCUACCCAUUUCUUUCUACCUCUUUAUGGAACCGGACACCGUCUAUGCCUUUUCCAUCUAUAUUUCCCCUUAAUUAAUUGACACGUGCAGUUCACGUGUGUGGACCCAGACAAGACGAGCAUGAGAAGCUCCGAGCAGGGAAGACGUUCUCGUCUUUUAGAGAAAAGAAAGAAAAAACUUCAACGGCAUUUCCCUCUCGUGACGUGGAAUCACUCUGCUUCUUUUUUUCUUUUUUUUCUUUUGUCGGAAUCACCGCUUUUGUGAUGCUUGUAUUUAUUUUUCAGAUAUUUAUUGGCAAACGCUAUUCCAGUGACAGAAGCCACUGCUCCCAUUAAAAUUCCGACCCUCACUGCUCCCCAACUUCUUCUUCUUCUAACUCACAAGUCACAACCCUUCUCCUCCCACUAUAAUCCCUCAACGGACCAAAAUCUCCGGUCCCAACUUCCACCGGACUCGUUUCAGCCCUCAGCAGAGCUUUAAGCUCAAACCGACAACCACAACCGGUUAACAAAAAGAUCACUUCUUUGGAGCUCAACUGUUGGACCCUUCUCUUUGUAACAUUUCCCAGAUCUAAUCACUCACCGACACACACAUUCCUUCUCUCCCAUUUCACCGUAAAGCCCUCUUUUUGGACCUUUGCCUUUGGCUCCUUCACCUCUUUUCUCUCGUCUCAAUUUUACCCCUCCAAAAACACUCGAAUUUACGGAAAAUGCCUGCUUUCUGGUUCUUCCUUUCGAUUUUCCUCCUAUGCCUCAGCUACGUCUCUACGGCGGCGGAGCCCGUGACCUGCUCAGGGAUAGUGCCAAUGAAGUACCGUUACGAUAAGAUUUCGAUAGCGGAUUUCGGGGGCGUCGGUGACGGCGUCACGGUGAACACCAAGGCGUUUCGGGCGGCCAUAUAUCGGAUUCAGCAUUUGCACAGGAGAGGAGGCACGCUUCUUUACAUACCUCCUGGGGUGUACUUAACGGAGAGCUUCAAUCUCACUAGCCACAUGACUCUCUACUUGGCUAGAGGUGCUGUUAUCAAAGCCACACAGGACACUAGGAAUUGGCCUUUAAUUGCUCCUUUGCCGUCUUAUGGAAGAGGGAGAGAACGCCCUGGAGGGAGAUAUGUGAGCUUCAUCCAUGGCGAUGGAGUUCAUGAUGUGGUUAUCACUGGUGAGAAUGGGACAAUUGAUGGCCAAGGAGAUGUGUGGUGGAACAUGUGGAGGCAAAGAACUCUUCAAUUCACCAGACCAAAUCUCAUUGAGUUCAUCAACUCUAAAAACAUUAUCAUUUCCAAUGUGAUUUUCCAGAACUCUCCAUUUUGGAAUAUUCACCCUGUUUAUUCCAGCAACAUUGUUGUCCGGUAUGUCACAAUAUUGGCUCCAGCUGACUCUCCCAACACAGAUGGAAUUGAUCCAGAUUCAAGCUCUAAUGUCUGCAUAGAGGACUCGUACAUAUCAACUGGAGAUGAUCUUGUGGCUGUAAAGAGUGGAUGGGAUGAGUAUGGGAUUGCUUAUGGUCGCCCUAGUUCCGACAUUACCAUCCGUCGGAUCAGAGGAUCAUCCCCAUUUUCUGGAAUUGCAAUAGGAAGUGAAACCUCUGGUGGGGUGGAGAAUGUAUUUGCCGAACACAUAAACCUUUACAACAUGGGAGUUGGUAUCCAUAUAAAAACAAACAUCGGUAGGGGAGGCUUCAUAAGAAACAUAACAGUUUCAAAUGUGUUCAUGGAAAAGGCACGGAAGGGUAUAAAGAUUGCAGGAGAUGUUGGAGACCACCCUGAUGACAAAUUCAAUCCAAAUGCACUCCCAGUGGUAAAGGGCAUCACAUUAACAGACAUCUGGGGUAUACAAGUUCUGCAGGCAGGUCUCAUACAAGGCAUCAAGAACUCCCCUUUCACCGGAAUCUGUCUUUCCAACAUCAACCUCCAUGGCAUGACCGCAACAACGAGAACACCUCCAUGGAAGUGCUCAGAUGUCAGCGGGGCUGCUCAUCUGGUGAGCCCCAUCCAAUGCUCGGAGUUGACCGGUGCCCAACACGCAACUUCAUGCUCCAACUACUAAAACAAAGCCUGCAUAUCCUCCUCGAAACUUAAAAGAAUCUGAGUUUUUAUCGUUCCUUCUGUAAUGCAAAAUGUAAUUUAUUGUUCUAGUGUCAUACAUACAAUCUGGAGCGUAAUAUAUAGGUUAUGGAUUUGUCGAUUUGCAUUAA